GAAAAGAUAGGGUCGGAGCGGAUCUGACGAGUGUACAUGUGCGCAUAGUAAAGCGAGAGAAAAUGAAAGCUCUUUAAUUAUUAAUUACUCUUUUCAUGUUAUUGCGCACAGAGGAUGCAGCUUGAACCAUAAGAGGAUUUUUCCGGUUUUUAUGUAGCGAAUAAAAGCAGUUGGGAAAUGAUUUUAUAAGAAGUUAUGCAGCGGUGUUCAAGAUAGAUCCGCGAUUCUUGUGAUAAAACAGUUUUACUCUGUUUCAGGCUAUUGAUUUUUCUUCAUUUUAAGUGGAAAUGGCUUUAGUAGUGUACCUGAAGACUGUCACGGAGCUUCGUGGAAAGGGGGACCGCAUCGCUAAAGUGACUUUCAGAGGUCUCUCCUUUUUCUCCCGGGUGCUUGAAAACUGCGAGGAUGAAGCUCGGUUUGAGCAGGCAUUCCGCUGGCCAAUUGGGAGUCAAGUGGACGGCGACGAGAUGCUGGAGAUUCAAGUGUUUAAUUACAGCAAAGUCUUCACUAACAGGUUAAUUGGCACUUUCCGCAUGGUUCUGCAGAAGGUGGUGGAGGAGGGUCACUUGGAGGUGUCUGACACUCUUAUUGACGACAAUAACUCAGCCAUACGGACAAGUAUUUCCAUAGAGAUCAAAUAUCAGACCAUGGACGGGAGUGUGAAGGUAUGGAGCGAUGGUGAAUUCCUUGAUAUUCCAGAUGACUGUGAUGGAACUUUCCAGUUUGAGACAGACAGUCUACUCUCUGGACGCAGCCAGAGCUCUGGGACAUCACCUGGACGUUCUAUCCACGGCAUUCCCACAUUCCGCAAGACAGGAAAAGGAGUGUUUUCAGCCAUGAAACUGGGAAAGACGCGCAUCUCUAAAGAUGACCACAAAAAAGGAGAUGACGCUGCCAUUUUGGAUGCAGAAGAUCUUGAUCGAAAGACCAUGCGUCUGGGCGGUGGGCUCGACCCUGAUACCAUCUCACUGGCCUCUGUUACUGCAGUAACCACGAACGUCUCCAACAAAAGAUCAAAGCCUGACAUUAAGAUGGAGCCCAGUUCAGGGCGUCUUGUGGAUUAUCAGAUCAGCGUAACAGUAAUCGAGGCCCGUCAGUUGGUUGGUUUGAACAUGGAUCCUGUGGUUUGUGUGGAAAUUGGCGAGGAGAAGAAGUAUACAUCGAUGAAGGAGUCCACAAACUGCCCCUACUACAAUGAGUACUUUGUCUUUGACUUCCAUGUGCCUCCAGAUGUCAUGUUUGACAAGAUCCUGAAGAUUUCGGUUAUACAUUCUAAAAACCUUCUACGAAGCGGUACUCUGGUGGGGACCUUCAAACUAGAUGUGGGAACUGUUUACUCACAAGCUGAGCAUCAGUUCCACCACAAAUGGGCAAUGCUGUCGGACCCUGAUGACAUCACAGCCGGCUGCAAAGGUUACGUUAAGUGUGAUAUUGCAGUCGUAGGAAAAGGAGACAACAUCAAGACACCGCACAAGGCCAAUGAAACAGAUGAGGAUGACAUAGAGGGGAAUCUUCUUUUGCCGGAGGGUGUUCCAUCAGAGAGACAAUGGGCUCGGUUUUAUGUUAAGAUUUACAGAGCUGAGGGACUACCAAAAAUGAACACCAGCAUCAUGGCCAAUGUGAAAAAAGCAUUUAUCGGGGAGAACAGGGAUCUUGUGGACCCUUAUGUCCUGGUGCAAUUUGCAGGGCAGAAGGGUAAAACGUCAGUUCAGAAGAGCAGCUACGAGCCCAUCUGGAAUGAGCAAGUAAUCUUCACCGAGAUGUUCCCACCUUUGUGUAGGCGACUGAAAGUUCAGAUCCGUGAUUCAGACAAGGUGAAUGAUGUUGCCAUAGGAACCCAUUUCAUCGAUCUACGAAAGAUCGCAAACGAUGGAGACAAAGGGUUCCUACCUACUAUGGGCCCAGCCUGGGUGAAUAUGUAUGGUUCUACCCGUAACUACACCCUGAUGGAUGAGCACCAGGACCUAAAUGAGGGGCUGGGGGAAGGUGUGUCUUUUAGGGCACGCCUCCUCAUUAGUAUCGCAGUGGAGAUCCUGGACCCCUCCUCUGCAGAAAUAAUGAGCUCUACUGAGGUACAAAUAGAGCCGGUGUCCAACAUGUCAGAGAGUGCCACGGGGAAGAUGGAGGAAUUUUUCCUUUUUGGAUCGUUCUUGGAGGCCACAAUGAUAGACAGAAAAAUUGGUGAUAAAGCCAUCAGCUUUGAAGUCACUAUCGGUAACUAUGGUAACCAGAUUGAUGGAGUGAGCAAGCCUGCAUCAGCAAAGAAGAAGAAAGAGGGUGGAGGGGAGAGUGAAGAAGAGGAGACUGAGCUCAUCCAUAACUCCAGCGAUGAAGAGGGAGAGGAUGAUGGAGAUUUGACAUCUGUGCCGUCCACCCCUCCUAUGAAACCAGUUAUAACUGACAGGAAUUACUUCCACUUGCCUUACUUUGAAAAGAAACCCUGCAUUUACAUCAAGAGCUGGUGGCAAGAUCAGAGGAGACGACUCUACAACUCCAAUAUAAUGGACAAGAUUGCAGAUAAACUGGAGGAAGGUCUGAAUGAUGUUCAAGAAAUCAUAAAAACAGAGAAAGCAUAUCCAGAACGCAGACUUCGAGGAGUUUUAGAGGAGCUUAGCACAAGUUGCAGUCGAUUUGUUACACUGGCAAACAAAGAUCAGAAUCUAUCCGGAAGAACCAAGCUGGACAAAGAGAGGCUCAAGUCCUGCAUGAGAGAGUUGGAGAGUAUGGCUCAGCAGGCGAAGACUAUCCGCUCACAGGUGAAGAGAAACACAGUUCGAGACAAACUCAAGCUAGUGUUGAAUUUCCUUCACAGGCUUCGUUUCCUGGCAGAUGAGCCCCAGCACAGCAUCCCUGAUGUGUUCAUAUGGAUGAUUAGCAACAACAAACGCAUAGCGUACGCCCGCAUUCCCUCCAAAGACAUCCUCUACUCAAUUGUUGACGAAGAGAUGGGAAAGGACUGUGGGAAAGUUAAAGCUGUUUUUCUCAGGCUGCCUGGAAAGAAAGGCUUUGGGCCUGCUGGCUGGACAGUUCAGGCUAAACUGGAGAUGUAUUUGUGGCUGGGCUUGAACAAACAGAGGAGGGACUUCUUGAGCGGCCUCCCUAGCGGCUAUGAAGAAAACAAGGCUACUAAGGGAACCGGCAUUCAAGCUGUUCCUCCCAUCAGCCUGGUUUAUAACAUGAAGCAGGUGUUUCAGCUGAGGGCCCACAUGUAUCAGGCUCGCAGUCUGUUUGCUGCUGACAGUAGCGGCCUGUCUGACCCUUUUGCAAGGGUUUUCUUCUCCACCCACAGCCAGGUGACAGAGGUCCUCAGUGAGACUCUUUGUCCUACAUGGGAUCAGUUGCUUGUGUUUGAUAAUGUUGAACUCUACGGUGAGGCUGGGGAACUCCGUGAUGAUCCACCAAUCAUUGUCAUUGAACUGUAUGACCAAGACACUGUGGGGAAAGCUGAGUUCAUUGGGCGAACAUUUGCAAAGCCACUAACUAAGAUGGUUGAUGAACACUACGGGCCGCCACGGUUUCCCCCUCAGCUGGAGUACUACCAAAUCUACAGAGGAAACUGCGCUGCAGGAGAUCUGUUGGCUGCUUUUGAGCUCCUGCAGAUUCCUUAUGAUGAUGAGGAGAUCAGGAGGGCCCUUAUUGCUGUCCAUGACUUUGCUGUACCUCAGAUCAAGAUUGGUCCAGCAGGGCGGGCAGCUCUUCCUCCAAUUGAUGGGCCGACUGAUUCUGACCGUGGACCCAUUCUUCCUGUUCCAUUGGGCAUACGACCAGUUCUCAGCAGAUAUCGUAUAGAGGUCCUGUUCUGGGGUCUGAGGGACCUUAAAAGAAUCAAUCUGGCUCAGGUGGACAGGCCUCGCGUGGACAUCGAGUGUGCAGGGAAAGGAGUUCAGUCAGCCCUCAUUCAGAACUACAAGAAGAAUCCUAACUUCAGCACGUUAGUAAAGUGGUUUGAAGUGGAUCUGCCAGAAAAUGAGCUUCUUCAUCCACCACUCAAUAUUCGGGUGGUGGACUGCAGGGCAUUCGGACGCUACACCUUGGUGGGGUCUCAUGCCGUGACCAGCCUUCGCAAGUUCAUCUACAGCCCCCCAGACAAGACUGCUAACAACUGGGCUCACACCGCUAGACUGGCCAAUGGCUACAUGGCUCUCACGAAUGGGACAUCUCAUUCCCGCCCCCACUCCCGUCCCAUUUCUCAUCCCUCAGGUGAAAUUGUGGUCAACAUGGACCCUGAACCCCACAUUAAGAAGAUGGACACAGUUGUCAAGAUGGAUGCUACCACCGAUGCUGUUGUUAAAGUAGACUUGAAUGAGGAUGAGAAGGAGAAAGAGAAAAAGAAAAAGAAGAAAAAGAAAGGAGAAGAAGUGGACGAGGAGGAGCCGGAUGAGAGCAUGUUGGACUGGUGGUCCAAAUACUUUGCCUCAAUAGAGACUAUGAUGGAGAAUCUCAGAGCCCAGGAGGCUGCUCUGGCAGAGGCAGAGGAAAGAGAAGAUUUGGAGAUAGCAGCAGAGAGUGCAGAGAUCAAAGCUGAUGACUUUCCUAUGAAAGGCACCAAACCCAAGGAGAAGAGCAAAGACAAGAAGAGCUCCAAGGACAAAAAGAAGAACCACGAUGGCACAGAUAAACGACCUCCAAAACCAAAAGUUGAUGAACUCAUGGUGUACAAUAAAGAGCUGGAGAGUGAGUUUGGUAGCUUUGAGGACUGGCUCCACACCUUCAACCUGUUUAGAGGAAAGGCUGGAGAUGACAUUGACCACAAUGUGGUUGAUGAUGACAGGAUUGUGGGCAGAUUCAAGGGCUCCCUCUGUAUGUAUAAACUCCCACUGUCUGAGGAGAUCAUCAGGGACGCAGGAUUUGACCCAAACAUGGGCAUGUUCCAAAGUAUUCCUCACAAUGACCCUAUCAAUGUUCUCAUAAGGAUUUAUAUCAUUAGAGCAACAGAUCUGCAUCCCGCGGAUAUAAAUGGUAAAGCAGAUCCUUAUAUAGUCAUUCGAUUGGGAAAGUCAGAGAUUCGGGACAAGGAGAACUACAUAUCCAAGCAGCUAAAUCCUGUCUUUGGAAAAUCGUUCGACAUAGAGGCUACGUUCCCAAUGGAGUCCAUGCUGACGGUUGCAGUAUAUGACUGGGAUUUGGUUGGAACUGACGACCUGAUUGGUGAGACUAAGAUCGAUUUGGAGAACCGAUACUACAGCAAACACAGAGCCACAUGUGGCAUUGCAUCCAACUACUCUGUCCAUGGUUACAAUGUAUGGCGUGACCCUCAGAAGCCAACCCAGAUCCUUGCUAAGUUGUGCAAAGAAGCUAAACUGGAUGGACCCAAUUAUGGACCUGGUGGGAAGGUCAAAGUUGCAAACCGCAUCUUUCUUGGGCCAACAGAAAUUGAAGAUGAGAGCGGUCUGAAGAAGCAGACUGAAGAACACUUGGCUCUUACGGUUCUUAGGCAUUGGGAGGAGAUCCCACGUGUUGGUUGCAAACUCAUCCCUGAGCAUGUGGAGACCAGACCGCUCCUCAACCCAGACAAGCCAGGCAUAGAGCAGGGAAGGAUUGAAAUGUGGGUGGACAUGUUUCCUAUGGAUGUACCAGCACCAGGACCAGCCAUUGACAUAUCACCACGCAAACCAAAGAGCUUUGAGCUUCGUGUUAUUAUUUGGAACACUGAUGACGUAGUUCUAGAGGACGAUGCUUUCAUGACAGGAGAGAAGAUGUCUGACAUCUAUGUCAGGGGUUGGCUAAAAGGACAGCAGGAGGACAAACAGGACACAGACGUGCAUUAUCACUCUCUAACUGGGGAAGGAAACUUCAACUGGCGCUUUGUUUUCCCUUUUGACUAUCUCAUGGCUGAGGAGAAGAUAGUCAUCUCUAAGAAGGAAUCCAUGUUUUCCUGGGAUGAGACCGAGUACAAGAUUCCUGCUCGACUCACCCUUCAAGUAUGGGAUGCUGACCAUUUCUCCGCAGAUGACUUCCUGGGUGCGAUUGAGCUGGACUUGAAUAAGUUUCCCCGUGGGGCAAAAACAGCUAAGCAGUGCUCUCUCAACAUGGUUCUCAAAGAGCAUGAGCUGCCAACCAUCUCCAUCUUCAAACAGAAAAGAGUGAAGGGCUGGUGGCCAUUUGUGGCCCGGGAUGAGAAUGAUGAAUUUGAGCUCACAGGGAAAGUGGAGGCAGAGCUCCAUCUGUUGACAGCGGAGGAGGCAGAGAAAAAUCCAGUCGGCCUUGGGCGGAAUGAACCUGAACCACUUGAGAAACCAAACCGUCCUGACACCACCUUCCUGUGGUUUUUGAGUCCGCUGAAGGCCAUCCGCUACCUGAUAUGCAACCGCUACAAAUGGCUCAUCAUCAAGAUCGUCUUGGCUCUGCUGCUGCUGAUCAUGGUGGGCCUGUUUCUCUACAGCAUGCCAGGCUAUCUGGUCAAGAAGCUGCUCGGGGCCUAAAGAGGGGUCAAAAAGGUUCAUUUGAGACAUUCUGAUUUGACCUUGCCCUUGUCUAAUAUUUGGUUACAAUUUGCAGCACUUCUUUUAUUUUUAAACAACAAUUUAUGAGUUUACCGUCCCUCAUAGUUGCACUCUAAGCAUAACGUAUCAAAUAUCUUGACUUUUUCAGUAUCAGUUUGCAUGUCUAACCCCCAAAAAGAUCAAUUAACUUAUCUAUUUGAGCGUUUCAAGAAUAACUGGUAAUAGGGAGAAAAGGAAAGCAGGGAAGUGUCUAUUUUUGGUACGAAAUUGAGUAAACUGAAUUGAAUUCUGGUAUUCGUUCAAAUGUUGAUAUAAAUGCAUUUUGCUUCACAUUGUUGGAUUGGAUUUUGUUGUUAUUGUCUACAUGUGUAUAUUUCGCUGCUAGAAGCACAAUAAGCAUGCAAGGUUGUCUAAAGUAAGAUGACUUAUUCAUCAGUAGCUACAAUCUGAAAAAUAUUAUGAUAGGGUUGCAGGCCUCAUAUAUACAGUACGUAAUUUGAUUACACUUUGCCUUGAUGUUUGCACUUUCAGUCCAUGACACAAAUCUUCUGCACUCCAGUAACAUAAUGUAGUUUAUCCUUUAGAGAAACACACACACUAGUAGGUUAUAAAUGAUGGUUCAUUUGCCAUUUCAAGCUUUAACAACACAAUAGAAUGCUAUUUCUUAUAUUUCCUCUUGAUGUUUUUGCUUGCGGUGUACAUUUACAUGUUAUGUACUUGUUUGCUUGCUAUUUAAUGUUGCUAUAUUUAAAGAAUGGCAAAUUUGACCAUGGACCUGUUUGCACUGAUUUUGGCUUGUUUAUAUAAAAAGAGUGUAUUUUAAUUAUUGUUUACAAGUGUGCAAUAUGGAUUGAUUUAUUUAUUUUUGUCAGUAUGAGGACUUAAUAAAAUGAACUCAUUGAAA